ACAGAAAUCUUUCGAAUGCACCCAGUCGGCCUGUAUGACUCUGUCUGCGUAAACGGAACGUGCAAAGAACGGGAAGGCCAGUCAACAACGAACAGUUGAUCGUGUGAGAAGUGUAACUGUCAACCCUGAUCGAAUUCUUCGGACCUGUCAACUUUCAGCGUGUACAACGACUGGCAAUCAGAGAACAAUGUUGCGGCUACCUUUAAUUUUGAUCAUCGUAAGUGUCGCGAUGGCACAAGUGCCAUUUCUAGGCGUGUGCCCCAACGUGGAAACAUUGGACAACUUUGACCCAAAAAGGUAUCUGGGGAAAUGGUACGAGAUUGAAAGAUAUUUCGCGUUAUUCGAAUUCGGCGGCAAGUGCGUGACCGCGGAAUACGGUCCAACCGAAAAUGGUACGAUAACCAUUUUAAAUAAGCAGAUCUCUGCAUUAACUGGUGUUUCUUCGAGUAUCGAAGGGGUUGGGAAACCACUUGCUAAGGCGGAUGAUCCUAGAUUAGUCGUCACAUUUCCAUCAAUUCCGGUCCCGUUAGAUGCACCUUACUGGAUUCUGGAUACCGAUUACAAAUCUUACGCUGUAGUAUGGAGUUGUUCGAACUUUGGUGUAUUCAGUGUACGAAACGCAUGGAUCCUUGCAAGGGAACCAAAGCCACCGGUUCCAGUUUUAGAAAAGGCUUAUCAAGUAUUAGAUAAAAAUAACAUCAGUAGAGCAUAUUUUAUUCGUACAGAUCAGAAGAAUUGUCCGCAAGCUAAUUAAAAAAGCAUCAGAAGAGUAUUUCACAAUUUAAAAAAAAUGGUUACUGUUGUUAAAUAAAUAACGACGUUUUUAGAGGUUGUAAAUUUUAAUGAAUGUGCUCAAUUCAAGUAAUGAAUAUUUAACCACAUAUUGUAUGUACAUUAGUAUGAUAGUUUACUUUGUUGUGCGUCGGUAAGUCUAUUAAUUAGUACGUAUUUGAAUGAUAGUUUAUGGGCAAUUUUUCAAGUACUGUAAUUAAUAUAGUGCUUCCAUCGUAUAACUCUUUACUUAUCGUAAAAUCAUAUAAAAUAACUUAUUAAUUGCUGUUUCAUUUCACUAUGAUAUAUUGUUGUAUUUAUCGUGCAUUGUAUUUAUUUAUUUAUUAAAGAAAAUGAUAGCGAAUGUAACGAAGUGAGGAAUA